UUUUUUCCUUCCAGAGGCUGCUCAGUGUGGAAACCUCCUCUCUUAUUCUUCGUCUCUCUGUUUCUCUCUCUGAAGCACAGAAACUAGUGUUGAAUUGCAAUUUAUUUAUUGGUAUUGUUCUCCAUAACCCAUUUGAUUUUGCUUCUAUUACUGUUCUUCUUCGCUUUUGGUUCUUUCUCUAAGCAUUCCUUCAAUUUCCCCCUUGUUCUUUACUCUCUACUGCUUCAAAUCGCAAAUUUCUUCUCUGGGUCUUUGCCAUUUUGGAAUUUCUUCUCAAUUUCUGAAAUACCCAAUUCGAUUCGUUUUCGUUUAAUCGAUCCCUCUUUGAGAAAUUGGGUAUUGGGGCUUUGUUGCAGAGGGAAAUGAGGGAUGUUUUCGUGGCUGGCAAGGAUGGCAUCGGCUUGUUGGAAACCAGUGAGACGGUAUGCCCGUAUGAACAAGGAUGAUGAUGAAGAUUGUUCUUUAGAGGACUCUUUGUUGUGGAGCAGAGACCUCGAAAAUCACUCUUAUGGGGAUUUUUCUUUCGCUGUGGUUCAGGCGAAUGAGGUAAUUGAGGAUUUUAGUCAGGUUGAGAUUGGCCGUGAUGCCACUUUCGUCGGCGUUUAUGAUGGCCAUGGCGGCCCUGAUGCUUCUCGCUUUAUCUGUGAUCAUCUUUUCAAGAACCUAAUGAAACUUGCUCAAGAAAGUGGAGACAUAACCGGAGAUGUUCUUCAAAGGGCAUUUAUAGCAACUGAGGAAGGGUUUCUUACUCUUGUUCGUCGAUCAUGGGGAAUAAAACCGACGAUUGCAGCAAUGGGAUCUUGUUGCCUGGUGGGAGUUAUCUGGAGAGGUACAUUAUACGUCGGUAACGUCGGUGAUUCCCGGGCUGUUAUUGGCUGUUUAGGUAAAUCUAAUAAGAUAGUUGCAGAACAGUUGACAAAGGAUCACAAUGCAAGUAUUGAGGAGGUUCGACAAGAGCUCAAGUCGUUGCAUCCUGAUGACUCGCAUAUAGUUGUUAUGAAACACGGAGUUUGGCGUAUAAAAGGCAUAAUUCAGGUUUCGAGAUCGAUAGGCGAUGCAUAUUUGAAAAAGCCAGAGUUCUCUCUCGAUCCAUCCUUUCCACGAUUCCACCUUGCAGAGCCUCUCCGACGGCCUGUUCUUACUGCGGAACCAUCGUUAAGUACAAGAGUUCUACAACCAAAUGACAAAUUUCUCAUUUUUGCAUCUGAUGGCCUUUGGGAGCAUUUGUCGAAUCAACGAGCGGUCGAUAUUGUGUAUAAUAACCCAAGAGCAGGAAUUGCUAAAAGACUAGUUAAAACAGCCUUAACUGAGGCUGCGAGGAAGAGGGAGAUGAGAUACGAUGAUCUCAAGAAGCUCGAAAAGGGCACACGACGAUUCUUUCACGAUGAUAUCACAGUUGUUGUCAUCUUUCUGGACCAUGAGUUUGAAGGGAAGAAGGCACAUAUACCAGAUCUAUCUGUUCGUGGGUUCACCGAUACCGUUGGACCAUCAAAAUUCUCUGUUCUUUGAGGCGUCGAUGAGAAUGGUUGAAAAGAUGAAUCUGACUAUUAGAACACUCAUUUAGCAGCAGCUGUUACUUGCACUUGGGAUUUGGAACUUUUUGAAACAUUUGGUUGAUUUAUGAGCUUUCUUUUGCGUUUUUUUUUGCUCAAAUUCCUUUUAUGAAGAAAGUUUGAGGUUCUUUAUUUUUGUUCA